UCAGUUUUUCUGUAAGCUCUGUGUUGUGAGUGGUUUCAAUUGCGAUUGCCAUUGCAAAACAUGUUGCGGCAGGUUCGAGGAAGCUGGCAUAAAACUGUUGCGUCCGUUGGCCGAACUUUCAGUUUCGUUGGGGCCACGCUGGUGGUUAAUACCGUUGAAGAGAGCUUUUCACAAAGACAUAAUCCCCCUAAAAGGCAGCCCACUCAAAAUGAAAGUGUGCUGGAAUUUCUUGGCUGCUGCGAUGGUGUUGGUAACGGUCACUUUUGGCCUGAGACCCCCUAGAUCUUACUAUCGGAGGAGCUACUUCAGUUCGGUGGCCCCAGUAUCUGGACAUGGAGCGGGUCCCCUGCCAGGACCCGUGAGACUGGGACCUGCUGGAUAUCUUCGGGCCGAUCUGCAGACAAACGAGAGCAAGCACCGCCCCCUGAGCAAAAAGUAUCCCAAGAAGAGCCACUACAGACCUUACGGAUCGCAAGAGGAGGAGGACUAUUCCGGUGAGCGCUACAACUCCGCCGAAUAUUCAGGGGAGUCCUCCGUGCAGGACAGUCGGGAAUACACCAUCGGCACCCAGAUCCGCGUCCAGCAUCCGAUAACGGUGCCCAAGAAAAGUACUUCCGUAUACCAGAAGCAGCCUAAGUAUGUGACUGCUAUUCCCUACAAGGCCUCUGGCUAUGGUUCAGAUAUUCACAAGGUCACUGGCUAUGGAUCCGAUGUUCAUAUUGGAUCUGGGGAGGAUGUGGGUCCUCCGCCAAAGAGAUCAAAGUGGAAUCCUGUGCAAUAUGACGCGGAAGCCGAUCCCUUCCAUCUAGUGCCCCCACCAAAAGCCACCGUCGCCUCCAGCAGCAAUUCAUAUAGUGUUUAUGAGCCCGAACAUGAUGACUAUGAGGUUGUUCCAGUGCCUCGACAAAAGACCCACGAUCGCUACAAGAAUGUGGCCUCCAAGAAACAAAUAGAGGCGUACCUGGAGGACCAGCAGAAACUACUUGACGAGGCCAUCAAGGUCCAGCUGCUGAACAACCCCAAGCUGCAGAAGUUCCUCAAGGCUCAGGCGCAGGAACAGGAGCGGGAAUCGCGGCCAGAUCUCGAGCUUGAGGACUUCGAGGCCUAUCCGCCAAACUUCUCCGGCCCAGGGCACCUGCGCAGCAAAUACAUCGAGCACCCGCCCCCACCUCCGCCCAAGGGAUCCCGAUCUCGGCGGCGUCCUCCAAGCGGAGAUCUCAACAGACCACCCAAGACCAUUAUAAAACCCAAGCGAAAGUACCGAUCCACAGCACUGGUCAUCAAUGUAUAA